AUGGCAGACACGUUGUCUUCGGCAGGAAAACGCCUCUCCCAGAUCAAGGACACCAUCAUGGGCAAGACCGCCACGACCAUCCCCUUCGACCCGGACAGCACGGUUUUUCCCACGCGCAAGAACCUGCCUAAGCUCGUCGGCGCUCCCGACGAAGCAGCCUGGGUAUGGGGCAAGGACGACUUUGUCGGCCGCUUGAACCUGCUCACGCCGGCGCGCGUCAAGGCCGCGGCCCAGCAGGAAAUCCGCACCGGGGAAAUGGCCCGCCUGGACCUCCCGCUCAAUGUCCCCGCCCAGCCAGCGUUCGGGCGGCAGAAGUUCGAGCACAAGAUCCUCACGCUCUUCGACGGCGUCUGCUACGACGACGUAUACCACAUGAACACCCAGUCCGGCACGCAGUGGGAUGGGUUCCGCCACUUCGCCCACAUGGCCACCCAGACCUUCUACAACAACACCCACAAGGAGGACAUUGUCGGCCCCGCCGCAAACCACAAGUGUAGCGUGCACCACUGGUCGGAGCACGGCUUCUCCGGGCGGGGGGUCCUGCUUGAUUAUCGCUCGUACGCGGACAGCGUGGGCAUCAAGUACGACACUGCCACGUCUCAUGCGAUCAGCUAUGACGAUCUUGUCGCCUGCGGAAAGCACCAAGGCAUUGACAUCCGCCCAGCAGCUCAGGGCGGCGAUAUCAAGAUCGGGGAUAUCCUACUUAUUCGUAGCGGUUGGGUCGAGGACUACUACAAGCGCACGCCGGAGGAGAGCGAGCGGCUUGCUCUGCGCGGGACCGAGAGCCACGGCGGUGAAGCGCAGUGGGUGGGCGUCAAGCAGGAAGAAGCCAUGAAGGAUUGGUUGCAUGACAGUUACUUCGCGGCCGUGGGCGGAGACGCGCCUGCGUUUGAACGCUGGCCCACGCCCGAGAGCUACUACCUCCAUGAGUUCAUCAUCGCCUUGUGGGGGAUGCCGCUGGGUGAGAUGGUCGACUUGGAGAAGUUGAGUCGGUUGUGCAAGAAGCACAAGAGGUGGACCUUCUUCUUCACCAGUGCGCCGGCGAACAUGCCUGGUGGAGUGAGCAGUCAUGUCAACGCAACGGCCAUUUUCUAG